AUGAGCUACAAUUUGUAUCUUGAGGAAAAGAUAAGCGCCUCCCCUGAUUCAAAGCAGGUGUUGAAUAGUCGGGAUUUUUACUUGAAUUGGGAGGAUGAGUGUAAUAUGACGGCGGAUAGGUUGUCGCUUGAAGUACCUAUAAACUACGAUUUUCAAGAGCGCUUCAUGUCCAAGAAACAAGCAGAUGCAGAUUUGUUGCCUUUCUAUAGGUCGCAAAGCAUGAUUCUCUUGUCACCUGAUACCUCUCCUUUGUUUUGUUACGUGGGAUCUGCAAAAUUGAAGCGCGAAGAGUAUAGUACAAGGAAAGGGAUGAAAUCAAAAGUAAAGAUUCCUAAAGUAAUGGACCUCUCCAUCCAGAGAUACCCCUGGAAUAAAAAAUCUUUUUCCACAUCACAAGGAAUAGAGAAUUUGAAGAUACUUCCAGUUUCCGUUCCCUCCAGUCGGUCUUAUCAAGCAAUGCUGCUCAUUCAAGUUCAGAAAAUUAGAAAUUUGUUGCUAGGAAAGAUGAAGAUUCAACAAAGCCCUAUUUUAAGUGAAGAUGUGUUGCUGGAUCUGGACUCAUUGAAUAAAUCACAGAAACAGGCAGUUCAGACAGCUUUGAACAAUUUCAUAACUAUAAUUCAGGGACCUCCCGGAACAGGUAAGACCUGCACCAUACAAAACAUGGUAACACAACUUUUGAAGAGAAACAAGUUUCCUAUAUUGGUGAUUGCUGCCUCAAAUUUAGCAGUCGACAAUAUUGCUGAAAAAUUGUUAAUGAUGCCCAAAGACACCCUUGUGAGACUUGUGGGAGUUGCAAGAGAGUCUGAAUACCCAAAAAACUCCCCGCUUGGUCACAUAUGCUUGCAUAACAAUAUCUUUGACCUUUUACCAGAUAAUAUCAAGUCAUUGGUAAAUCGGAAUAAAACCCCAGGCGAAUAUCUUCAUCCCGAAGAAUACAAACAGAUGACAAAGCAUGUUUAUGCGGUAUCCGAAUUAAUCAUGAAAAGAAGCAAGGUCAUUUUUUGCACUUCGGUUGCAGCUGGGGGUGGAAAAAUCAGAAAUGUCGGCAAUAUACCCGUUGUCAUUAUGGACGAGGCUACGCAGUCAAAUGAAGUCAUCAGCUUGAUUCCCCUUUCACUUCAAGGAGUCGAGAAGUUCGUUUUUGUUGGUGACCAGAAGCAGUUGAGCAGCUUUUCUAAUGUUCCUGCUUUAUCCUUCUCUCUUUUUGAGCGCAUGAUGGAAAACGGCAGCUACGAAAAUCCAGUAUUGCUCGAUUUACAGUAUCGUAUGCACCCAGAAUUGAGUAAGUUUCCAAGGAACGAAUUUUAUGGCAGACUUCUCAAGGAUGGAAUCAAUGCCAGUGACCGUCUAAAAUAUGGCCCUCUUUUACAUCCAACUGUCUUCUGGGACACUUUGGGUAGCUGUCCUGAAAAAAUUGUUGUGUCACAAUCCAAGGAAAAAGAUUCUUGCACUUACUCCAACCCAGGAGAGAUUAAAUGCAUUGAGCAAGUAUUGGAGCAUCUAAUUCAAAAGCUAAAUGUCGAUAGAUCUGAUAUUGGUGUGACAUCUCCGUACCGUGGCCAGCGGGACUUGAUAUCAAGGACCUUGCUGAAUAACAAAUUUAUCAAUAUGCAAAAAACAAACGUGGAGGUACAAAACAACAAUGAUGAUGGGGGCAAAGCAGUCACCGUCCAUAGUGUUUCUGGGAUAAUGAUUGCUUCUAUCGACGCAUUUCAAGGAAGAGAAAAAAACUUUGUUGUUUUCUCGUGUGUCCGAUCAAAUGAGAUGAACAAAAUUGGGUUUUUGAAAGAUAGACGCAGGUUGAAUGUUGCGUUGACACGGGCAAAAUACGGCCUUGUGCUUGUUGGGGACUUUAACUGCUUGAGUGUCGGAGACAAAACGUGGAGAUCAUAUUUGAAGUUCUUGGAGGCCAAAGAUUGUAUACUCAGAACUGACUAUAAGCCAGAUACGGAGAUUCAAUCAAGAUGA